CAAAGCAUGUGGAACAUAAAUAAAAUAAAAGAUUUAACAUCAAGUGGAAGUUAUUUAAUCAAGUUUAAUCAAACCCAUCAUGACCCAAAACACAGCAAAUAACAUGGUGUCAGCGUGGGGUGGAAUGCCGCCGCUUCCCGAAAUGUGUUUUGUGGGAAACCUGUCAAAGAAUUUUCAGGUGUGGGUGCAGCGAUUAAAGAUAUAUCUGACGGCUCACGGAAUGGAAAAAGAAAACCCAAAAAGAUUGAAACUUAUAAACUUAGGAAAGGACUGCGAAUUUGAAAACUUAACUGAAGGAAUAACAGUCAGCAAAAUCAUAGCAGGGUUAGACAAAAGAUUUAAUAAUUUAAAAACAAAAUUAAUGGCGGAAGACGAUAAGAGGCUUACUCUAGAAUAUAUCAUGAAAUUUCUUCUUAGUGCUGAUGCAUCAAGAAAGUAUGUAGAGAAGAUGGGUGGAUCGGAGGAGCCAGUGGAAUCAGAAACUGAGGUACUGUUCUCGACUUCACGGAAAAAGGAUAAAUUAUAUACAAAGAAAAUAAAUAACUGCACAAGAUGUGGCCAAACACAUGAAAUGAACAACUGUCCCGCUUAUGGAAAAAAGUGUUUCAAGUGCGAGAAAUCUAACCACUUCAGCAACAAAUGUCGCAAUAGGGGGCAACGUCAAACUACUAAACAACAGCAUGUGAAUGUUGUGGAAGAAGGAGUGGAUGACAACAAUGAGGACUUCUUCAUUGGUGUGGCAAUGCUCGGUAAUGAAAUAACACAGGAUUUCAUGGUAAGAAACCAAAUGAUACCUAUGAAAUUUGACACUGGGGCAGCAUGCAAUAUUAUAGGUACUAAUGUGUGUAAAAAACUAGGCCUUAACAAGAGUGAUUUUGAACCUUGUAACAAGAAUGUCAUACAGCUUGAUGGUAAAAGUGUUUCAGUAUGUGGUACAUGUACAUUAGAAAUACAGCAUCCAAAUCAGUUAAAAUAUAGAGUAAAAUUCAUUGUUAUUGAUGGUUCUGUGCCUACUUUGAUAGGAUGUAAGACAUGUUUAGAAUAUAAUUUUGUGAAACCUAAUACUAACCUAGUUAAAGUACACAAUGUAACAUGCAAUGAUACUGAGAUCAACAAAUUAAUUACAAGUUUAAAAUCCAAUUUCAGUGAACUAUUUGAUGGUGGUCUUGGUUGCUUACCUGGCUUGGUGAAAAUACAACUAAAGGAAAAUGCUGUACCUGUUGCUCAAGCUGCACGUCGGGUUCCCUUUUCAUUAUUGCCUGAAUUGAGAGAGGAACUAACAAAAAUGGAAUCAAUGAGAGUUAUUGAGAAAGUAAAUAAACCCACUCAAUGGGUAAACAAUUUAGUCCUGGUAAGAAAACCCAAUGGUAAGUUGAGAAUAUGCAUAGAUCCAAGAGCAUUAAAUAAAUUUAUAUUACAGCCAAAAUACCAGUUACCGACUAUAGAUGAGAUUAAAAGUAAAAUGCAAAAUGCUAAAGUAUUUGCACUGCUUGAUGCUUCAAAUGGUUUCUGGAUGUUGAAACUUGAUGAUGAAAGCUCUGAUUUAUGCACAUUCAUUACACCUUUUGGGCGCUACAGGUUCAGGAGACUGCCAUUUGGUGUUAGCUGUGCACCAGAGGAAUUUAGCAGAGUAAUUAGUCAGAUGUUUGAAAAUGUUGAAGGAGUAAUACCAUAUUUAGACGAUUUGUGUGUCUAUGCUGAUUCAGUUAAACAACUAAAAGAUAGAUUACAGAAAGUUUUAGAGAUUGCAUCAACAAAUGGUAUAAAAUUUAAUGAAAAUAAAUGUAAGUUUUUUGUAUCAAAAUUACUUUUUGUAGGUCAUAUUUUCACAGCAAGAGGCAUUUCUCCUGAUCCUGAUAAAGUUCAGGCAGUUAUGAAUAUGGAACGGCCGAGGUGCAGGAAAGAUUUGGAAAGAUUUCUUGGCAUGUGUAAUUAUUUGUCACGAUUUAUACCCAAUUAUUCAAAAUUAAUUGAACCUUUGAGAGUUUUAUUGAAGAAGGAUACAGUGUUUUACUGGGAUAGCAAUCAAGAUCAAUCAGUGAUGUCACUAAAAAAGGCUUUGUGUAGUAGCCCAUGUUUAGCCUACUUUGACACAAAUAAAGAUAUAGUAUUAUCAGUUGACAGUUCAUCAACUGCUCUAGGUGCUGUAAUACUACAGCAAGAUAGACCAAUUGCAUUUGGGUCUCGUGCCUUAACUGUAACUGAACAAAAUUAUUGUCAAUUAGAAAAAGAAAUGUUAGCAAUUGUAUAUGGAUGUUAUAAAAUGCAUCAAUAUGUGUAUGGUCGUAAAGUUCAUGUAGAAUCAGAUCAUAAGCCACUUGAAACAUUAUUUAAGAAACCAUUACAUAAAGUCCCUGCUCGACUACAGAGAAUGAUGUUGUCUGUUCAAGGUUAUAAUUUAGAGGUAGUAUAUAAGCCUGGUAAACAUUUGUAUAUUGCAGAUACCUUGUCACGCAGUUGUCCACCAACUAUUGAAAAUAAAUUUACACAAUUAAGACAGAACAUUGUCUGCCAUGUUAAAUUGCAGAGAGAUUGCUUACCCAUAUCAAGUAAACAGUUAAUUAAAAUACAAAAGGCUACAGAGAUGGAUCCUACAUUAAAACAAAUAAAAAACUAUUUAAAAAAUGGGUGGCCUAAUAAUUUGAAUAAUUUGGAUAAAAAGACUAGAAUCUUUAUGACAUUUAGGGACGAAUUAGGCCUAUUAGAUGGUAUAAUUUUAAAAAGUAAUUUGAUUGUUAUCCCUGACUCUAUGAAAAGUGAAAUUUUGAAAAUAAUUCAUGAUGGACAUGUAGGUGUGAGCACCUGUAAGAUAAGAGCUAGAUCAUGUGUAUUUUGGCCUGAAAUUAAUAAAGAUUUAGAAAGUUAUGUAUCCAGCUGUGAACCUUGUGCUAAGUAUAAACCUAAUUUGCAAAAAGAACCUUUAGUCAAUCACUCUGUUGAAACUCUGCCAUGGCACAAAAUAGGCAUGGAUAUAUGUACAUUUAAAGGAAAAGAUUUUUUGAUAUUUAUAGACUAUUACUCUAAGUAUAUAGAAGUAUGUAAGCUUGAACAAUUGUCCACUGCCUGUGUAAUUCUUAACUGUAAGUCUGUCUUUGCAAGACAUGGCAUUCCAGCUUUGGUGGUUACAGACUGUGGUACACAAUUUACAUCAGGUGAAUUUAAAAACUUUGCGGAAAAGUAUAAUUUUAAUCAUAUUAAAACAAGUCCCAAACAUUCUCAAUCUAAUGGUCAAAGUGAAAGUGCAGUUAAGAUAUUCAAAAACAUAAUGAAAAAAUGUACAGAAGAUGGAUCAGAUCCAUACUUAGGUUUGUUGAAUUACCGCAACACACCGAAACUUCAUAUGCCAUCUCCUGCCCAGUUGCUGUAUUCAAGAAAUUUAAGAUCAUUGCUACCAGUGUCCAAAAAUAAGUUUGUACCUAAAAUAUUUAAUGUUGAUGACAAAUACUACAGUCAUAUUGAAAAUGUUAAAAAGAAUUAUGAUAAACAUGCUAAGCCUUUAGCAGAACUAAGUCCAGGGCAACAUGUAUAUUUUAAAAAAUCUCUUGACUCAAAUUGGUCACCAGGUAAAAUUAUUAAUAAGUGUGAAGAGCCACGCUCAUAUUUGGUGGGGGAUGAAUAUGGUAAAACAUAUAGAAGGAAUAGAAAGUACCUUACAAAUCGGCCUCAACCUAAAAUGAGUGUUAGUUAUAAGCCUUUAGAUAAUAACAACAACUGUCAUAAUCAUACUUACUCAUAUUUUGAAGAUGUGCCUGAACUUUCAAUGUUGUUUCAAGAAAGCUUGACUCAAGAAGGUGGAACCACUCUAGAUAAUCAUGAUAUUAUAAAUACUGAAGAAAGAGAAAAUCAGAAUAUUUUACUUGAAAUUUCAGGCACAGACACACAAGAGCAUUCAAAUGAUUGUAAUAGUGAUUUAUCUCUUGCUUCCUUUCAGAGAAGCUUCUCUGAAAAUACAUUGAAAGAAAUCUCGAGAGAGAAUGAUGAUAGAGAGGCUUGUCCACAAGGAAGCUUGUCUAUAACUAAUUUAGAUUCUAAUACCUAUGUUACUCGCAGUGGUCGUAGUAUAAGAAAACCGCCUAAAUUUCAAGAUUACUGUGAGUAUGAAGAUGUUGAUUAGACAAAAUGGAGAUAAGAUGUUACUUAGCUCAUUAAGUAUAAAAGGGGGGAUGUUGAGGGACGUCACUAGUCCCGUCAUUCAUUUUCGUUCAUCUUCAACACAGCACUAGCAGCUGUCAAUUCAUGGUCAAAGCAUGUGGAACAUAAAUAAAAUAAAAGAUUUAACAUCAA